UUUCAAAAUGGCUGCUUCCCUUGAAGGUUCUCAGAUUCAGAGUUURUUUAGAGAAAAAGAUGGAGAAAAAAGAAAGAUUCUGUUGGCUAAAUUCCUUGAAUUUCCUGAAUUUGAUGAAGACGACGACCUAAGGAGUGGAAUACUUCUGGAUGUAUAUCAUGAAUGCUUGUGUUUUGUAGUCGAACAAGGUCUUGCUUGGAAUCAAGUGGCUGUUUUCUUCAAAAUAGUUCAAAAUUUGCUCCAUAAUAUUGCAGAGAAAAGUCUUCCUGAAGUCAUCCAUCUCUUCAAGCAUGAACUCCAAGGAUGUUCUGAAAGUUUUAGUGAAGCUUCUCUCRAAUCACUCAUUGACUACGUCUUUACGACAUUUUUACAGCAUUUUAAACUAUAUCGUUACGUCCUGACUCAAGAUCGUGUUGAAGACAGAACAAAUUAUACCUUGACUGUCGAACCUCCUUUAACUUUACAAUGCUUUUCUGAUAGUAUCCCAAAAGCUGAAUGGGAUGAAAAAGAAAGACUGAAAGAAAUAGAUAGAAUGGAAGAAAGGCAGAGAAUGGACCGUCAAGCUCAUUAUAAAAAACUGCUAGAGGAAGCUUCCAAAUACCUUGAAAUCCCAAUUGAAAAACUUCCAGCUGGUGAAAAAGCAAUUAAUAGAGAAACCUUGACACAGCUCAUCAAGGAAGUGGCUUCGGCCAGAGCAGCAGUAACAGAGACAAUUGUACAAGAAACACUUGAAGCCAUGAAGGACAAACUAGAAUAUCAACAUAUGAGAUCAACAACGACUACAGAAUCUGAACAUCCACCUGAGAAAUCUACUAGGAAGAAAUCUGGUGCAUCCAGUGCCAAAGCAAAAAAGAAAUGAUGAAAAGUCUCCUUUGCAGCAGUCAUUCUUAGUUUGGUUCCAAACUCCCUCCCAACACUAAAAACAAAUUCUAUUAACAAAUUUUUAUUCCUCUGUUCUUCAUGUAUCAAUAAUUAUUUGUACAAUAUUUAAGAUAUUUAUUCAUUAUAGCUGUAGAUAAAGAGACUGUUGUUUCCAAUUAUAUUUGAUGAUAAUUUAUCACAAAGUGUUUCAAUGUUUUACAAAUGAAAAUAAAGUUCUUACAAGGCCUUUUUUAAAUGCUUACUUGAUAGUU